AAUUUAGAAAUUGAUGAAAAUAAUAUAUUCCAAAUUAAUAUACUUUGCAAAAGAUUUAUAUUUAAAUAUAUUACAAAUUUUCUUCGUAUUUGUUACUUUAUAGAAGAACACAAUAUUAUGCUGGUCGUAUUUAAUGGAUAAAAAGAAAAGAAUAAACAUAUAAUGUAACUAUAACGUCAAUAGUGUUUUGGCUUUUAGACGUAGUUAGGCGAAGUUCUUAGUGUGUUAUUUACAAUUAGUUGAUCGUUGGCGUUUGAUGAGAUCACGUUAACGAUGAGAGAGUUCGAUCAUCUUUCAUUGUACGUUCUAUACAUAUAUACCUAUUGUAUACAUAUAUAUCUUUUAAUUUUCUGACUUGCAAUGAGCGCCGUUUCAUAUGUACGUAUAUACAUAUAUAUAUAUGUAUACGUGCUCGCGCGUGGUGUAUGUAUUCCGACACUAUUAACGGCAAUGCAAAGGUCAAUGAUCGAGGAAGUAGAGAAAGGAUGUGUUAGAUCAAAUCGACAAAGAAAAUCAUACAGUGAUGCAGUAGACAAACCUUGACCUACCUUUAUGAUUAACCUUCGUAUGGUCAAGUAUAUAAUGUAAUUUCCAGGAUCCUCGUAGUAAUCAUCGAAAUUAAAUGAAAGUGGCUAUCGAGAUGAUACAAGCGAGUCUCGUUUGUGAUACACUCUAUAACAAUCGAUUAUCAGCAAUCAUCAGUGAUUCGCAACAAACCAAGAUAUCUUUCAUAUCUCUCUCUCUCUCUCUCUCUCUCUCUCUCUCUCUCCCUCUCUCUCCCUCUCUCUCUAUCUUUCUUUCUCUCUUUCUCUUUCUCCCUCUCUCUCUCUCUCUCUCUCUUUCUUUCUCUCUCUCUCUCUCUCUCUCUCAUCAUAUUUGAACCAUGUAUUUGUGAAUCAUGUUGUCAUUUUGUGACAAAGCAAUAUAUAACAUGUUCUUUGUACAUAUAUUGUAGGAUUACGUCAGUGAAAUUAUAUUGUUGAUUUUAUAGGUAAGUAAAUGUUCGAGUUCACUUUUCGAACCGUUUCAACUUUCUCUUCGAAGGCGUCGAGACAUUAUUAUAAUUGAGAUCGAUUAUUAGUAUGUAUAUAGGACAACCUUCUAUUUUCUUUUAGAAUUUCUUGAAGAAUUUAACAUAAUACAUCGAUCGUCGUCCUACUUACAUGUAUAUAUAUAUAUGUAUAUACAUACAUAUAUUUAUAUUAUAUGUAUAAUUAAAUUCAUUUUAGCCGAUAUCGAUUCAAUUUAUUAGUCGAGAACAUAAAUAAAAACGAAUAAAAAAAAUGAAUUGAGCAAGCGUGUGAAAAAUUAAUAAAUCGAUAGAAGCGAUCAUUGACUUGAACGGUCCACCAGACGAUCGAUUUAUUUUUUUGUUUUUUUUUCGAAUUUACGCAGGACGAUCCCGUUAACGUAUGUUUCGUGCGAGUGGGUCACCGGUACCAUGUCAGCUUUUUACUCUUAGCUACGUCAGUAUACGUAGUAAAUACAGGAAUCGGUCUUUGGUCACAUCAGGAAAGAUAGCGGAGAGAAAGACAGAUCGUUAUCGAAGCGAUCGAUGAUGACAAAGUUUACAAGGACUUUCUUUUCUUACGGCCCUGGAUCGACCGGUCGUACUUUGAAAGUAUCUCGCAUGCUUACCUUUAGAAGAGUGUAUCCACGAGGUGUCAGUUUGUUUCGAUCCACCGUACUAGCGUGAACUCAUUCGUCUUUGCGCGGGAAAUUUCUGAUAUAAUCGAAGGACGAAAAGAAUCGUCCUCCGGAAGUACAAAAAACAUUUUAAAUAUCAGUCGUGACGUCGAUUGCGAAGAUCGACGAAAAUGAAGAUUGCUGCGAUCUUAUUUCUUUUUGUCAUCAUUGGCUGCACGUGGCGGGCUACGCUAGGCACAUGCGUCUUUCAAUCCGACUUUGGUUUUGCGCUUAACUGCGCCUUCAAAAAAUCUGGCCUCUUCCGGGUGCGAAACCUCGGAGGUGUCAAAGGUUUCCUUGGCUUGGGAUUCACGGUAGGUGAUGAACUAGGAUUUAGGGAGUCCCUAUCGAAUGUGGAAAGUGCAAGAAGAAGAAGCGUACAAACAGGAAAGACUGGUCUUUCUGUUGAUUCCACAAACGUGGCCACAAAUCGGAACGAUAAUCAACAAAAAGCAAGACAGGUCGUACCUCCUUUCAAGCCUCUGCCAGUAGGGAUGAGUCGUCCGAUAAGUCAGCAAUCUGAACAUCAAAGAUUGGUAGUUCAACAAAAUUCAACGGCUCUUAGAACGGUCGCUGCUCCAUCCUUGGGUACACAAGAAGAUAUGAUAAAGUAUCAGCAACAACAGGAGGCAAAGUUGAAGCAACAGCAAAAGCUUCAACAGGAGGCUCUUGCUUUGCAAGUAUUGAAGCAACAGAGACAUCAGCAACAGGAAGCGAUGCGUCAGCAGCAUAUACAAAAGAUGCAGCAACAAUACAAGCAACAACAGUUGUUGAAUCAGCAGCAACAGCAACAGAAGCAACAGAUGAUGGCUCAACAGCAACAACAGUUGCUUGCGAUGCAAGCUAAGAGGAUACAGGCCGCGAUCGCAAUAGCAACGACAACGAAGGCUCCUAGUGUCGUCCCAGCGAUAACAAAUAUGGUACAAUCCGAUCAUUUAAAACCUGUUUCGGCGGCACUCACGUCCACGACUGGCAACGGCUUACCACCUUUCAUCGCCAUGCCUCAAUCGUCUUCCAGACUUACUGAUAGGAUCAGCAAUAGCGCUGAUUCUGAUAACGAAGUAUCUAAGGAUGACUAUAAUCAGCUUCCGUUGCCAGGCGAAGAAGCUGCAUCCUCUGUGAAUAAAAUGACUUUACUCUCUUUGCAACCAAUCGUGACGGCUGAACAGGCUCAAAGUUUACCUCUUCAACAAAAUGAGAAACGACAGUCGUUACCAGCUUCCUUACCUUCAUUAGCACCGAUUCAAGGAAUGGAAACAUCCUUGAAAGCAUUAGCCGAAGCAAGUAACAUAACGCUCGAAGCGUUAGAGGCAGCUAUCCUUUUGAGACAACAACAACUUAUGCAGAAACAGAUGGGACCCAGCACGACCAGUACGACGACAACUACGACGACUCUUUCGCCCCACGUUAAAAAUAAAUACGGUAAUUCUGGUGCUACGAAAGUAAUGAACGCUCCGCACGAAUAUUAUCCCGUAGGAUACGAUAAAAACUUUGAUGAUAAUUUUGCAAGUCGAGUUGAUCUACCUGAUACCAGUUUCUACUGUGGCGAUCAGAAACAUUUUCCAGGUCUUUAUGCCGAUGAGGAUUUAGGAUGUAUGGUCUUCCAUGUAUGCGCAUUAACCGAUGACGGUUUGAUCAUGAAGAGCUUCCUGUGUCCCGAGUCUACUCUUUUCGAUCAAACGAUCCUGAAAUGUAACUGGUGGUUCUACGUCGAUUGUCCAGCUUCGAAAAAUCUCUACGACAGCAAUAUUCCAAUCAGCAAGAGUUAUCAGUUGAUGAAGGCUCUCGCAUUUUUCUCUGCUUAUAAGAAUCACGAUAACGCUAUUAAUCUUAAUCAAAAAAAGGAGGCGUACGAUGUCAUCGAGUCAUCCGCGCAUUAAAGUUAUCUAAGAAAAACUGUCGAAAAAAAAACGAAACGCAUAACUUCAUCGAGCGAGAUAAACGUGAACUUAAUCAUUUUUUAAGUAGGAGAUAAUGUUCUCAUCAAGUUUUGUAUAUCAUCCAUUGAUAUUACGGUAUGUUUGGGUUUUUUGUAUGCUUGUGUACGUGUGUAUAUAAUUUAUUUCAUAUUAACGGUGCAACGGUGUGAAUACUAUAGCGUAACGCGCUAACAUUGUAAAUAGUUGGUUAAAUCUUUAACGCACGUCUUAUUGUUAAUAUACAUACAUACAUACAAACAUAC